AUGUCGACAGCAUACACUCAAUCCAGAAUAUCCCACAAACCUUCCCUCAGCCCCCGCAAGGCUCUCAAGUCCCCUGUUCGCCACAUCGCUCUUCGCAGAGAAUACGUCAAAAACACCAAAACUCGACUUGUUCUCAAGCCACAAGGUGACGCUCAGUCAGCAGUCGCAUACAAAGUCCUCGACGAGGAUGGCUCGCUUCAAUUCACCGUUACUGGGCGAAGACACGGCGAUCGGGUUUGUCGCGAAAUCCGAGACUCGUCCGGAUUACCUUUAUAUGAACUUCACCGAAAACUAUCACUUAGGACUGCCUGGGCUGUUACGCUACCUGGGAGCAACGAUGCAACUUUGGCCAUAGGCUCCCCGCGAUGGAAAUUCGGGUCUCUCUCGUCUGGAAACUUCACUAUGUGUGUUGAGAAUCAAGCUGCCGUUGACAGUAAGCGCGAGGAUGAGAAAAAGCUUACGUUGCUUAUUGAGAGGCAUGGAAACGCCUUGGCACUCUUUGAUAUUGUAGAUGGUGAUAGAAAAGUGGCUGAAGUGCGCGAAAGUAUACAACACAACGAGAAAUUGCCUUUGACGCGAAAUGCCUGGCAAAAGUAUCGGCCUGCUCUUGAUCUAAAUAUCACUUCUGGGAUUGAUCAAUCAUUGGUAGUUACUGUGGGUGUCAUUUUAUCAGAUUGGGUAUUUGGUUCUGCUUAA